AUGAAAAUACCGCUCAAGGAAAGCGUCAUAUAUAAGAAACGUUUAAUUAAUUUUGCUGAAACACCAACUUUUGAAGACGUCGGCUGUCCGAUAAUACUGCGUAAUACCACAUUAGUCAGUAUCCAAAAGAAGAAGAGUAAGUUUUCGGCUACGCCGUUGCAAGAGCAGAGCCUUCACGCCAACGCUCAUCCAAUAAUAAGAGGACAUGAAAAUGUGGAAUUCGCUAAUUUCUCCAAGCUCAUUGAGAAAAUUCGCAUGGAGCGUGCCAUCGAAACGGUGGUGAUGUUUAAGGCCUUCCACGACCAGCAAUCCUGUUUGGGCGACGAUACUCUGCGCUCACUUCAUCGCUCAAAUAUCACCGUUAUACUAUUGAAUGCCACAUCCAGCUGGCAGCUGCAAGGAGCCGAUGUCAACAGCGAAUUGCUGGUAGCGCGUUGCGUCGCUGAGCCGAUCCAGCCACAUCUGUUGAAUCUGAUGGUCAGAAGCCUCGGAGUGGUGCGCGAUGUACGAAUCGUCUUCAUAUGGAACGUCAAUUACGUCAAAGCGUCGCCGGGAAGGCGCAACGAGCUGCAACAGCAAUUGCGGAAACUUUUCAUGUACUGCGCAAGCACGAAGUUACUAAAUGUUAUAAGCGUAUACAGUGAUUUCGAAUCUGAGGGCCACUACUACACCUACAGCUACUUCCCGAGUUUCCAUUUGGAACGCAAGCAGAUGCAGAACGCUUGCUUUCCCAAUCGUUUAAAGGACAUGCAGGGCACCGCUUUACGCACGCUUCCCGAUCAAAAUGAGCCGAGGUCAAUUGUGUGGCGCGAUCGCUGGGGUCGUCUGCAAAACGAAACGAUCGACUUUUUGAUGGGCUUGACCGGAAUUGGUUGGAAGUUGAAUGCGUCGCAGGUAUCAGCGCCGGUGAUCUCUAUGUUUUGGGCAACGAUGUUACCGCGCCCACCGAAGCGACCGAUAAGGGACAUUUAUGUGCUCAUAUUUACAUCGGUUAUCGGCCUUAUUCUAUUGCUUUUGUUGCUGAUCUUCUCUUGUCUGCUCACUUGCGAGAGCAUGCGUUGGCGUCACAAUCGUCGUACAUGCAGCAACGCGUGCCGACUCUUUCUGUUUACGCUUACAAAUGUCUCUUUGCGCAGCAUGCUGGGUCAGCCUACACACGUACACAUCACCGCCGCAUUCACGAAACGCUUCAUAUGUAGUCUACUAUUUGUGGCCGGUAUUUAUGUGAGCACCAUCAGUACUAGCUACUUGCAAACAUAUCUCACAAGCAGUCCCAAACUUCAGCGGGUCAACACGUUUGACGAGUUGCUUUGUGUGCCGACACGCAUUAAAAUUUCCUUAGCCGAAUACAAUGCACUCGAAGAUUUCGUUGGCCCUCGAUUUUUGGAGAAGUAUACGAGUGUAUUCCUGAUCACACCAUCCAUAAAUGAUUACUAUUAUGAGCGUAAAACUCUGAACACCCAUUUUGGCUAUACCGUUCCGCAAUCGUUGUGGAAGACGUUUGUGGAGUAUCAAAGAAGAUUGGGUGUAAGCUUGUUCUACAUUAGCGAUCAGAUGAUCUUGGCUAAAAACUUACAAAUGGGCAUACCCUUGAGCCCACAUUCCAUAUACCGUGACAAACUGAAUGCGCUGAUCCAAAAUUUAAUAAGCGCCGGACUCGUGGAGUAUUGGGAAAAGCUGGCUUAUGGCGAUAUGGUGGCAGCAGGAAAGCUCAAUAAAACGAUCUCGACGCCUUACAACCUGGAGCACAGUCUAACCUUGGGGAAUCUCUAUUGGAUAUGGUGGCUGUAUGGGAAGGCAUUCUCCGGUAUAGCCUUGAGAGCCGAGCAAGGAAAUGAAAACAGUCCGGGGCUACAUCUGGGCUGUAAAGCCGCUGCGGAAGCGGUGGGAUCAAGGCCUUGGUAG